GGGGAGAAUACUGUACAGCAAAAGAAACUUCCAACAAGCUAUACCCGAGAUGACCGCCAAAACCCAUUGUCUUGGAAAUAUCGACAAGGAGUUGCAACGGCCUGUGAGUGCCGAUGGACAGCAAUCGCAGUAUCUUCAGUCUCUGAGUCACACUCCUCAUCAUUUAGCACACCAAUCUAGCAUCAUCAACAGCAGCAGCACUGCUGGUAUAAUUACCAGUAGUAGUAGUGGUAGUAGUGGUAGUAGUAGUAGUAGCGGUAACAACAGUUCUAACCUUAUCGGUAGUAACAAUAACGGCAGUAGUAGUAGUAAUAACCUCCAUACAGCCAUUGGCAACGGUUCCGGUAGCCAGAACGGCAACAACAACAACAACAGCAGCAACAUUAGUAUCAACAGCCAUCAUCAUCCUCACAGCAGCCAUAUUGUCAGCCCCAUCCGGAGCAUCGUGGGCGGUGGCGGCAGCGGCGGAGGCGGUAGUGGUGGCGGCAGCAGCAGUAGCAGCAACAACGGUAGCGCCACUACCGCCAACAACAACAACAACAACAACAACAGCAGCAGCAGCAGCAACAACAAAGCGCACAGCAAUCUUCAUCUCCAUCCGCAUCCCCAUCACCACCAUCAUCACCACCACCAUCAUCAUUAUAACAACAGCAACAACAGCAACAGCAGCAACAGCAGCAGCAGCAGCAGCAACAGUAACAGCGGCAUCAACACCAAUACUACUACUAAUAAUAAUAAUAACAAUAGUAGUAACGGCGGCAGCAGUAACCAUAGCAACAGCAACAGCAGCAGCAACAACCAUAACAGUCUCACGGCAAGUAGUACAACAACAAUAACAACGGGUAGUAGUAGUGGUAACGGUAACAACAACAACAACAGCAACAACAACAGCAUCAACAAUGGUAAAGUGAGUCCCAAAGAAUACGUGCUCACGCACCAGAACCAAAUUGGUAACGUCAUUCUUGCAGGCGUUCCAAUCGUGUCUCUCUUCAUAGACGCAAAAGAACGACUGUGUUUGGCACAGAUUUCUAACACUUUACUUAACAA